AUGGAGGACGAUGGUUUCGACUAUCUGUUUAAAAUUGUCCUCAUCGGCGACAUGGGUGUAGGGAAAACAUGCGUUGUUCAACGCUUUCGAAACGGAACAUUUGUCGAGCGUCAAGGCACAACUAUCGGAGUUGACUUUACGAUGAAGACAGUCAUUAUCGAUGGAAAGCGUGUAAAGCUUCAAAUUUGGGAUACCGGCGGCCAAGAAAGAUUCAGAACAAUUACACAAAGUUACUACAGAUCAGCAAAUGGAAUUGUCCUUUGUUACGACAUCACAUGCCAACAAUCAUUCGAAAGUUUGCAACGAUGGAUCGAUGACGUUUCAAAAUUUGCAGCUUCAAACGUCGUAAAAGUUUUAAUAGGGACCAAAUGUGAUUUGGAGGAUAAACGGCUUGUCGAACGUGAGGAUGGAGAACAUUUACAACGAUCACAAGGGAUGGUUUCAUUUAUUGAAACUUCGGCAAAAACAAACGUCAAUGUCGACUCUGCUUUUAUGGAGUUGGCCAAAGUGCUGAAAAAACAGUACGAUACGACAUCGCACAUUGAACAAACACCCCCGGCUGGGGGAUUUCGAUUGGGCACGGCAGGGACAACACAAAUCCUUUCAUCUAAUAGAUGGGAACAAUGUUGUAAAUGGAAU